AUGAAGCUGCUGCUUUGCUCUGCGCCCAAACUGAAGGAACUCUCUCUUGUCGGGUACUACGGCUUAACUGCAGGAGGAUGGUUGGACGCCAGGAAGAUUGUAGAGAUGGAAUGGGUCUGCUUAGGUCUGGAGGUCUUCCAAUGCAGGAUCGGUAACAUCCCCCGCCCAGAUAUCACCCGCAACAUUGGCGAUAAUCCAGCGGACGUCUUUGUUGUCAAAGGUUCCCUUCAGGAAAGUCUCGACCUCCAGUGUCAGGUGUACACCAAGCUGGCCAAGUUGACAAGGUUGUGGGAACUGAAGCUGGACUUGGAGAGCUACAAGUAUACGUUGGAAUAUGAAUUGGACGAGAUGUACAGGAGACAUUUUGACUGUCUUGCGAUGACUUUGGACAGUGGUUUGGAUCUGCUGAAGGGGUUGAAAGGGUUGAGGGUGAUUUAG